UCUUAUUUGAUUAACAGACAGGAGAGGAGGUCGGGCUUUAGGGCAGAGAGAAAGGAAGGCUCGGUCGCGAGCGCGGCUUGAUUUCGGCGCGAGGCAGAAAAGAUCGCGGGUAGGGUUUGGUGAGUCGCGGCACAGCGAGGAGAGGUAUCGGCCAGAAAUUGCGUGGCUACCAUUGAGGGGUGAAACGGUGAAAGCUAACGGCAGGGGGUUUCAUCGCAGGGCGAUCGGCAGUGUGAGGCCAGGACAGAGGCCUUUUGCUUCGUGCGAGCAUUGAAAGAGAGUUUGAGGUCUCGGCACUGUGCAAGGAUUGAUUGGCAGGGGUGUGGAUUAGGAAAAAAAAUAGACAGCUAAGGGACAGACCGAAGAAAGAAGAUUCAAGUAUCCGACCACAUUCAGUGGGAUAAAGUCUUGCUGUUGUCGUUGUAUACCUUUGUCACUCUUGCUCUUCUUGGUUCUUGACAGUACCGCUUGUUUGGAAAUAUCCCCAGCAAAAAACAUGCACUAAAUUGUGCUUGUAGCAUGACUCUCUUUCUGGCUGGCAUGCUUCCGCCGACCAGUAGCAUCUUCAAUGCAUGUUAUGAAAACCCUUUGCGCGGAGGGUGCCAUUUUCUGGCCACCCCAGUUCCAACUCUUUUGAGAAGCCGAGUGUCUCUAAAGAUUGAAGCGAGAGGUAUUCCUCGAAAGGAGAGCGCCAAGAUCAGGAAUCGUAGAAUGCGGAGAAAGUUCAAUGGAACACAAACCAAGCCCAGACUCUCCGUUUUCUGCUCUACCAGGCAACUAUAUGCCAUGCUUGUUGAUGACCAUAACAAGAAGACUCUGUUUUAUGCCAGCACUUUACAGAACUCCAUGCGUGAGGAUCCUCCUUGUAGCACCUCAGAAGCGGCGCGGAGGGUAGGGGAAGCGCUUGUUCAAGCAUGCACAGAGCUGCAAAUUUCUGAGAUAUCAUCAUACGAUCGCAAUGGAUUCGCUCGCGGAGAAAGGAUGCAAGCUUUUGAGGUUGCCAUUGCACAAUAUGGGUUGCUAAGUAGGUGAUUGAUUAAGGUCUACUAGUUUAAAUUUUAUGAUUAAUGGUCAAAGAGUAUGAUUGUAAGUGAGUGGAUGUAUCUGUUAAAGGGAGUUUAACUCCUAUUAUUUUGCGUCCGGAGUUCGGAUGUAAAAUUUUUGCCUUGUGUAGUGAUCAUAUCUUGAUUGAAUUUGUAUUAGGAUUUGACAAUUAUUAAAUUUGU